AUGGACGAUUUCUCAGACGAUGAGUUCGACGACUUGAACGUAACCGUGCUUGACGAGCUCGAAAACAAUGCCAUCCAGUUCACACAGGCGCAGCAAGCAACGCAGCAAGAAGACGCCUACGACGAAUUUGACGACGAUAAUUUUCACGACACCGCCAUCACAGAUGAUCCACGGGGAAGCUCUGUCCUGCUUCUCCAACAACCAGCUGCCCCAACAGCGACUUCAUCCCGCCUAGUGCCACAACAGUCGCAACAGCAGAGCGCAUGGGUUUCAAAUCCUGUUCCUGUGAGCCACUACCGGCCGCAACCCGUUGGCACGGCUACUCGACAGCCUGUACAGGUGUCCUCAGGAUCUCGACCGUCUCAAUAUGGCGUUCGACCAGCUCAAAUGGCCUCGUUCGGCCAGGUGCGACCGCCGCCUAUCCCUCGAACUACUUCUGCAGCCCAGUCGCGCUACCAAGCGUCACAGGCACCACAUCAACCUGGAGCAAAAAAUGUAGAUCAAGCCGCUCUUGAGGCUCGAAUACAAGAGCUCGAGCUGAAACUACAGACGAAAGAUGGCGAGAUCGACAUUGUCCGGAGAAAUCUGGACAGACACAAGCAAGAUCACGAGCGGGAGGUGCAGGCCCUAAAGAAACAAACAUCCGAGCAGAUCUCCAAAUCUGAGCGCGCGAUUGAGGCAGCCAAGGCUGCCCAGCAGACAGCUACCACGGAGCUUGAGUUUACGCGGCGGGAUCUGAGGGAAGAGGUCGAUCGGGCCAAACGAAGGGAGAAAGAUGGUGGCACGCCAAGAAAGACCGCUGCUGCGAAAGUCUGGGGCGUAUCAGACGGCUUCGAGGAUGUUGAGAUGGCCGCCAGUCCUAGUAAAGGGACCAGAAACAGAAACGCCAGUGCUGUUGCGAGCAUGAUGCCAGAUCCUCCUGCUAGACUCUUGAGGACGCCAACUAAAAACAAAAGAAAGCGGCCAAACAUAGAAAGUCCCGUGGGAGAACUCGAGACCGACGAAGACGUGAUCAUGUUGAAUGAAGACAAUGCCGGGGGCGCAAUCGAGGAAGCCGAUACGUCAACGCCCGCUCCACGGAACCCGUUAGGUGUUGAAUACUUGAGAGCCAUCCUCAACCAUAGUUCAGAUUAUGGACGACCUCCGACCUUUGAUUACCUUGCUGGGUUUUCUCUGCCAUCAAAGCCUGGAGAGAGUUUAGCCGCCAUUCUUUUUCACAAGCUUGCCAUGAUCGGUGAUCCAGAAGAUCCAAUGCGGCUUCCUGUCGAGUUUUGUGACAGUGUCAUCGAGCUGUGGCUCCAGUGUCGCAAAGACGGAUGUCUUGCUCCCAUUGGGGAACUGGUCUCUUUGAUCACAUUCACGCUACAACUGAACACCAUAGAACUCGCACCAUACAUAGCUGAAGCGUUGGUAUCGGCUGCACUAGAUUCUUGGUAUGAGGUUGGCAUUCCCCGCCUGCGCAACCAAGGCCCUGCCGGGGACCCUACAGAUGCCACUUUCGUCCAUCUAAAGGAUAAUAUACCGUCGUCAAAAAUCAUUUCGGUAAUGUAUCUCACCGCUCUAGGUUGUGCCACGUCGAACGCAAUUGGGGGUUCCCUGUCAAGUCCCAUCAAGGAUUUCUGGAACUGUGUCCACCCUAAUUUCAUUCUCAUGAUGAUCAAGAGCCAUAAGCAGCCAGUUGACGAUUUUAUGACAACUCUGAAGCUGCUCUGCACAUCGGCAUUCGACGAAUCUAUUGGGCCGAUAUCGACAACGCCGAACCGCACCGUAGACUUGAUCUCGCCUUUGAUGAUCGAACGACUUACGUACCAUCUCCUCGAGACUCGCCAGUGGAAUAUCGAUCGGAACAAGUGCAGGCUCAUCUGCUUCCUGCUGCUGCGGACUUUGGCAGCUUUCACCAGGUCGAAAUUUGGCAUGAAGCAGCUCGCUAUGAACGACUAUGCUAUCCCGCGGCUUGUCAUGUUUCUCAGCUGGUGUAUUGAUGAGAUGUAUGAUGGCAGUAGCACGUCUAGAGCCUAUAUACUUCCUGCUCUAGAUUCUCCUCCAUCACAGGAGCAGGCGAGGAUGGACCGCUUCCCGGGGUUGGUCUUAGAUGAACCGGACGAGGUACAAACACUUGUUGCUCACACCAUGCUACUUUUACAUACUAUCAUCACAAAUAAAGACAACAAAGACAGUAUCAACGUGCCCAGCAAGCUCUCCAAAUUCAAAGGUACUCACCAGAAGUACUUACUGAGUUUAGGACGACUGAACUUUGCCGAAGAGGGUGUCAGCGAGGAGACUGCAGAGUUGGCGCAUGAGCUGCUAGAGUUGGCCGUUACUGAAGAGGAGGGCGCAGAAUUAGGAGAUUUCUUCAGUGGCUAA